AUGGAAUUGUGUAUAUGGCAAUCCAUUGAAAGGCAGGAGGAAGGGUAUUCUUAUAUGACUUUGUCGACGGGCCAUGGACAGCAUACAUGCUCGCAAUGCCAGUCGGCCGGUCGUGUCUGCAUACGAGGAUACAACAUCAGGUUUCGAAAUCUUGUCUGCCCGUCCAAAGACAUCUCACCAGCCGAGUACAGCAAGUACGACUUUUUCUUUGACCCCGAUCAGGAAUGGAAUACUCUGAAUGCCAAAGGUAAAACACCCGCUGUACUGGGGCCUUACAUAAGGACUGACGUGAGGACCGAAGAAGUGGAGUUCGUCAAUGAAAAUGAAGCUGUUGUCAGUGCCUAUGGAGCAGACGAUAUCGAUGGCCGUUCUUCCCUAUUCCAUGUAGCGUCACCGAGAGGGGACCAGCACCAUCGAGGAGAAAACUUACCGCCAGACCAAAGAGCAGAUGCCCCAAAAUGUCCGACUUAUGAGGAUUACAGCAAUGCUGGUCAGACUGAAUUUGUGAACUUUGAAGAACCCUCAAAAGGUGCUGUGCUGCUCGAACCCAGCCUCACAGCUCGCUUUGAUGAGCCAGACGAAUUGCAGCAAAGGGUGUCGACCCAGCUCGAACAAAAGCAUCGGGAGAAAUCACCAGAGCUCAAGUUUCCAACUUUCCAGAAGAUUGCAAAUUUUGAUACAUUCAGACCUAGGCCGCGUUCCCAUUUCUCAAGUGAUGCGAUGUCGGUGUGGCCAUUGAGAAGCAUUGAGGAAUCCCGUCUCUUGCAGCACUUUAUUCAAAAUCUGGCUCCAUGGUUUGAUGUUGGCGACAGCAAGAGACACUUCACAAAAGUUGCACCGAGCAUGGGGGCCUACAGUCCUUUGCUCAUGAACGCCAUCCUUGCGGUAUCAGCACUGCAUUUGAGCCGCGUCUCCGACCUGGACACUUAUGAAGCAGUUCGCUACCAUGAUAGAUGCUUGGGACUGAUGGUGCCAUUGCUCAACGAUCCUGACCGCGUCAAAGAUGACAAUCUUCUCAUGACAACUGUCAUCCUACAUCUCUACGAAGACAUAGACAUCGGUGCUGAUUCCGUGCGCCACAUUAUGGCAACAUCGGCCUUCCUUCCUGCAUGCGGCGGUCGCCUCUCAUCCCAACUGCGCAGAGCAGUCUUUUGGCUGCAUCUACGUAAUGAGAUCUAUGUUGCCUGUAGCCAUCAACGCACGGUCCAGGCAGAUCUGGAAAACUGCACAUUCGAAUCCUUAGAUACUUCUCUUGAUAAUGAUUUGUGGCUUCAUAGGGCACUAUGGAUCUGCGCACAGACGUUGCAGUGGGCUUACGGAGACGAUCCUACUCCUGCCAAAUGGCGGGAACUUUGUCAACUAAUAGACGAGUGGUCAGACAAACGCCCCAGCAGCUUCGACCCUCUCUUUUUCAAGCCGCGCGAUCCAAGCCACAAUCUUUGGUUCCCCGAGGCGACUUUUGCCACUGAUGAGCAUGUCGUUGCGGCCCACUUCCUCUAUCUAGCAAAGCUUCUCUUGACAGCGCACGACCCAAACAUUCCACGGAUUGGACCUCAGAUGAAGUCUGCUCUGGCAGAGAUGAAUGAAACUGCUCUUUCAUACGUGCGGAUGCUGUGCGGUAUCGCGCUCUGUAACAGCUUCGUACCAGCCAGAUUCACUGCCAGUCUUGCCAUCAUCAUGUGUGGCAGUUGGUUUACUCACCGGCCUGAACAGGAGGUACUGAUUGAUUUCAUGCAAGGUACCGAGCAAUGUAGUGGCUGGCCAAGGAAACAAGCACAGAAGGCACUGAUCGAAGAUUGGGGUUGGUCCGACGAUAAUUGA